GCCUCCUCUGCUCUCCUGAAGAGACUCUCUCAAGCAGCCAACCGCAGCAAACCUACGAAGAAUCAGAGACAUGGCCUCCCGAGUUGCAGCUCUGCUCUUGCUGGGCGUCCUCUGCUUUAGCUUUGCAUCAGGUGAGAUCGCAAUGGACUGCUGUCUGCAGGCUAUCGACAAACGUUUGCCCUCCAAAAACAUCGUGGACUACAUCAUUCAGGAAGCUGGGAAAGGCUGUGAAAUAAGCGCUACUGUGUUCAUCACCAACAAUGGCAGAACUCUGUGUGUCAUCCAUCCCAGCCAGAAACCGUGGGUGAGAAAUCUCAUCAGUAUCGUGAACAAGAAAAAGCAACAGUAAAUGAGAUGAACAAACUCUGGGAAGGAUGGAUGGAGACAACCAGAUCUCAUAGUCUGUGAUGGCAAUGUUGCACUGUAGGAGAUUAAAACCUGUUAGAGCGAUUACGGAGAAAUCAUCAUUUCAUCUUAUUUAUAAUGCUGUCCUGUAUAAGCUGCCAUGCCUCAGCCAUCGGCUCAAUAUAUAGCUACAUGUGUGUUUCUUCUGUUUUUUUGUGGUGACUGCGGUGAAACUGUGGUGAAAGUCGAACUCUGAGACGAGCAGCUGUGGACGUCUCUUUUUUCUUUCUUCCUUUUUGUUACGAAUGAUCCAUAGAAAUAGAAAGAUUUGCCUGAACUUGCCCUGAAACUGAGAGCAGUGUUACAAUCCUGUUUCUGUCAAAGUGCCUGUGAAUGACUCGCAUUGCUGUUUUUGGCUUGUAUAUAUCAAACGUACUGCAGAGAAUUAUCCCAAAAUAAACUUGGAUAUUAUUUUGUAAA